AAAACACACAUUCAAAUCAGGCGAUUUCGUUUUUAGUCAACUUCGUGUCAAUAUUUUGAGUGAAACUAAACCAGGCGUACACUUAGAUGUAAGUUGUCACAAGCCUAGGGAUGGGUUAGACACUGGCAGAUAUUUAUAUGAUCGUGCUGCUUUCUGAUGACAUAUGGAGGAGUUUUGACAGAGGAAUGAACAUGGCGAUGUUCUUUAGACGAAUUGUUUCGUUGGUAUUUGCGAUGUCCAUUUCGCUUGCAUUUCAGAGGACUGCAGAAUGCGACAACCACUCGGACGCACAAGAAUGUGAGGAGCGAGACAAGUACUACUCACUCCACCACGUCUGCAGACCAGCCUGCCUCACUACGGGAGACUGCCUAGGUGCUGAACAGUGCCUGUGUGACGGACGGUGCGGACUCAGUUGUGUUGAUGUCACUGAAGGAACAUCGUGUCCGCUACCAGUGAUGUCCCAUAGCAAUGUGUUGUUGUGGAUGACUCCUCCCCAGGGUGCGUCAGUGCCAGAGGGAUUCGGCACAACAGUCCAUUUCAGCUGCGAUCCAGGCUACGAACUCGUCGGCCAUAACGAAUCAACUUGCAUGUCCAACGGCCGCUGGGCAGAGGAUUCGCCCUACUGUGUCAGUUCUGGCGCACAAACUGACUGUGCUGAACCGGAUGGACUGGAAAAUGGUAGGGUUGUGGUAGAGGGUGAGAUGUUUGAGGCGCGGUAUGAAUGCCUGGAAGGUUUUCACAUGAUGGGCCGCAGGCAUAGCAUCAGAUGCAUACCCGGUGUGGGCUGGGAGCCACUCGAGGUCGAGUGCGUCAAGUUGAAGUGUGACAGUCCAGGCGCACCAGACAACGGCUUCAUCACCUCAUUGGAUUUUCAGUAUGGUUCCAUCGUCACACACCGAUGUCUUCCAUCGCAUGUUCUCAAUGGGUCUGCAAGCCUUACUUGCUUAUCGAAUGGCACUUGGAACAACGACGUACCUACGUGUGAACCUCAGAGUUGCCCCGUUCCUGACUUUUCCUCUGGUGCUGUCCGGCUGUCAGACGAAAAACGCCUCAUAGGAUCAUGGGCGAUGUUCGAGUGUCCAGAAGGCUACGAUCUGAGAGGCUCAGGCUCAACAGAGUGUAUGGAUGAUCUGACAUGGAGCCAUCCUCCACCAAUCUGUGAAGUGGCAACAUGCACUCGGCCAACUUUACUCACAAGUGGAUUGAGCAUCACAGUUCCCGGGCUCGUUUUCAACUACAAUGAAAGCAUCACGUACAGAUGUCUUAAGUGGAGAGAACGACUUCACGGCGGCCAGACCAGAAGAUGUGGCAUGGGCGGUCAAUGGACGGGCGAAGAACCGAGCUGUCACGAGAUCUGCAGUUCUCUGCCAGAUAGGAUUCCAAGAGGCUACUCAAUCAAUGUUCCAUCUGAUGCUCUUUACAACUGGAAUGGUGGGCAAAAGAUCUACUUUUGCAAUGAGCACUUCCGCAUGAUCGGUACCAGCAACUUCCUUUGCCGAAGUGGUGGAUGGAGCUCUGGUGAUUUCCCUCGGUGUGAAGACGAUCAGAGCAGCGCCUACCCCAUCCGAUCGCUGACGCACGCCAUCGUUGACGGUGUGCUUACGGUGAAACAGCGUGAAGUCGUUAAGUUGGAGUGCAGGUUGCCCGCCGCGUCUUCAGGAAUCUGGGAACGUGAUGGACAGAGCCCAUCCGAUCGGUCGUUAACCUUCAGAAGAAAUGAUACAAGGUGGUACUCGCUCCAUCUAUUCGAAGUAGCGCAGUCUGAUGCCGGAUUGUACCGAUGCACAACCAGUGAACGGCUGAAUAGCAACAUAGUUCAAAUAGAAGUCAUCCCAACAUGCCCGGACCCGGGUUACCAAGAGGGGCGACAGACCAACCGUGACACCACCGGUGGCGUCACGGCUGGCCGACGGGGCUUCGUCAGGUUCACCUGUGAUCCGGGUUAUACAAUGGUUGGUGAUUACGAUCAGAUAGGAUGCGGUAUCGACGGCAACUGGAACUAUGACCCACCAGACUGUGUCAAACCGAGCUGUUUAGAUGCGUAUCUGCCUCAACCUGUCGAUGGACGCAGUGAGAGAACCGUGCUUGCAGACGGUUUGGCCACUCAGACUUUCUACUGCCCAAUUGGGUACCGCAUGCUCCAAGACGGCGUCACUGUUCCUGCACCACAGCUUGUUGUCGGCUGCCGAGACGGCGUCUGGAAUGGCACCGCACCGUCGUGUGUGCAACGUAACGACAUGAUGACGAUUACCACAACCGGUUUAAUGGACCACCGCAAUAUCACGACUUAUGAUGGAUACGAGUUGGAGAUAAACUGUACACAGAUUGGAGCACAGUCUCAGCCAAGAUGGUUCAAACUGGAGGAUCCCAUUUUAGAAUUGGCGGUAGGUGAUGGCGGAGGUGUUGCAGUUCUUCGUUUUCCAGUAGUGAGCGUAAGCGAUGCAGGAGAAUACACCUGCAGCAACUUCGACAUGUCAUAUGACGAAGUUAUUAACCUCAACGUCAUUGUGAGAUGCGACACACCACUUCCCAUUUCCAACGGAUCCGUAGCUCUGUCGACAGGUCGGUCGGAGUACUACGAGGGGGAUGAAGUUGCAUUUGAAUGCGACGAAGGGUUUUUGUUGAACGGUGACAGCCACGUCCAGUGUACUGACCAUGGGUGGAAUGCCGUAUUUCCGACAUGUGCCAUAGAUGUCGUCCUCGAAGUUUAUAAGGACGGGAGAAACCUACAGUCUGGUUCGAAUGUGCUCAGCACUACGGGAGCCUCCGUGUUCUUGGACUGUUUGUGUAACCCGUCCAGCCACGAUGCACCAGAGGUCUCUACAGAUGAUCUCGUAUCAUGGUGGAGAAUAGCACCUAAUGGCGAAAGGUUGAGCAUGGCAACGCACCAGCGCCGUGUUAGCGACGGUGAUUGGCGUCUUCUCCGCUUGGUGUUGAUGGAUCUUACCACAGACCACACGAGCCAGUACGUAUGUGGAACGGUUGCCCAAGCCAUGUCAGUGACGCUGACCGUCACUGUCCCCUGCGAGACACCUGCACCCCUCGCCAACGGAAAUAUUGUGCUGUCCAACGGGACAAGGUACCUGUCAGUGGCAGCGUACGAAUGUUCUGAGCUGUACGAGCUCCAUGGUGCUCAGAGGCGAUCAUGCCAAGCUCACGGGGACUGGAGCGGCGAAGCACCGACCUGUAUAAAGGCAUAUUGCCCGUCUCUGAACCUGCUUCCGGGUGUAGUCACCGAUCCUGAUCUGAAUGGUGGGCUCGUACCCACAGGAACCGCUGUUACUGUUGGCUGCACAGAAGGGAUGUUGCUAUCCGGAUCGAGGGAAAUUGUAUGCAUGGACAAUGGCACGUUGCAUCAGGAGCAAGAAACUCCUUCUUGCACAGAUCCGUGCCUAGGUUAUGAGUGCCCACUUGGCUGGAAGUGUGAACUGGUUGGAGACGGGCCAAGCUGCUCGGGUUGCCUGAAUAUCACGGACUGUCCCGAACCAGGUGACGACGGGGGGCCGGUGUGCGGUACCGAUGCACGAGACUACCAAAGCGCCUGCGUUCUAGCAGUGAGAGCUUGUCAAACGGGAGAUUCGUCUCUCGAGAAGGCCUUUGAUGGCGCGUGCAUUCAAGGAAGUCUCUGUUUUGCCCGUCCCACGGCCAUGGGACGAAGGUCAUCGGUUUGCCCCAACCCGGAGAAACAGUUCUACUAUAACCCAGACCCGAGCGUCCUCAGCUGCAGUGUAGUCGCGAGCGACGAAUGCAUGCUGGAGGGAGGUUUUGAAUCUCUGGCCUACUGCGAGGGCAACUGUUCAAGGAACUAUUGCUACGACCCGCCUGGUGUGGCUGGCCCGUGCAACCAGAACCAAGUCUACUGGACCUAUGACUCCAACUCAGAGCAAUGCCAGACGUUUACGUACGGAGGAUGCAGCGGUACUCGGGCCAACCAAAACCGCUUCGAGACGCUGAAUGACUGCAUCCGCAGCUGCUCCCUUGGUGAAGUUUGCCAGCCCUGCCCACUGACAAUGACAGUGAGUAACGCCUGCUUCUAUGGCCAACAUGCGAUGAUUAUAACCGUGUCCAGAGCUGAACGCUUCGUGAGGAACAACUACAUCCGGCUGACCGUUGAUGUGGAAGCCGUCCUGACCCCGCCUCGGCCCGGCCACGUCAGCUUCGAGCGCGGCCCCAAUCAGCACAUCUUCUGCGAGGGCAUUGACCUGCACCUGAGAAGCCCCUGCGACCUGUGCCCGCGCAUCCGGCCCCUGGUGGGCCAGCCCUACCUCUUUAUGUCCUCUACCUACCGGGGUGACAGCCUGAAGCUGGACGAGCACAGCUUUGUGGCUGAGUGGAGCCCCGAGUUGGAGGCGGAGAUGCAGGCGGCCGAGGCGUGCGCCGAAUGGGUCGAGAACCUGAACGUGAUCCAAAACUAGCUCACUGCUUCAAGACACCUGGCCAACGGUAACGGCAACUGGGAAUCGUUUUAUACAAUACACCUGUGCGGAGCAGCCGACAUUCGGUUGAAACCAGAAGCUUUCGUUAAAGCAAGACUCGUCCUUUAUGCGUUAACACAGAAAGGCAUACUUGGAUACAUUUAAUAAUAGGCCUAAUUCUAGGCAAACAAAUCUGCUGACAUGCAGGGAAAAAAACAGGAGGAAAGCGAGGAGUCACAGCCAUAAAUGUGUAGGCCCUAUAUCUCAACUAAGUUGGUGUGUUCGUAUAACAAGAAACAACACGACAGCGGACUCGGUCCUAUAUCAUAUGUUGGACUGACAUUUACUUAUAUGCUGACCAUUAGCACUAAAGUCUGUCCCCAACAAACGACAUGAACUGUUUGAAUUUCCAUCGGAGAAUGUACGCACAUGCCUGGCAGUUUCACACCGUUGGUCCUCGACUGGAACCGUGCGUCUGAACCACGUUUGGGCGUGUAUUUUGUUUUUGCCGUAACCUUGCAUACAGUAAAUAAAGCACAGGCUCUUCGUGAAUUUAGCUAAGCAUGCACAAAACGCAAUAAACAGCAGUCUAAUCACCAUUGGUCACAUUGCGCUCAACAGAUUUAACGUCUUCUUGCAUUUUAUGGAUAUCUGCCUAACAACUGAGGCUUCUGUUUCUGAAAAUCGGAGUCUCUGUAGUCAGUAACGGAAAUCCCAAUGGAACGAAAAGAUGGCGUAUUAGCGCACAAGCAACCGUUAUUGUCUUCUCACUAAGGGCGGGCCAAAAUCUACUCCACCAUCAUUCACACUAUUGCACCCCCCAAAAAAAAGAUUUCAAAAAACUUUUGUUGUAACACUACUGGUGCUUUAAUGCUAACGCCAAGAAUUUAAUACUUUUUCUUAUCUGAAAAGGAUUACAUUCUCACAUAACAUUCGCUGUCAUAGGCCUACAAGCCAGCUUUGAAAAACAAGUUGCAAUCCUCUGAUUCUUGACAAGAAGCCAUAUGUUGGUGUAGAGUGUACUUGCAUAGAGGUAUGUAUCUCAGCUAUGAAACACAUUGCCAAAACAUAGGCCAGAAGGUCGUGCAUAUUGAUAAGUCCAUUUACAGAAAAACCAUAAAGUGUUUGUGUAGCUUGCUUUUGUUUCUGAGCUAAACGGUAGCACCUGACUCAAAGAUUACUUAAAAAUACAAUGAUUAGCAUGUACAGGAUGAUAAAGUUUGAAAAUAAAUUUUACCAAUGCAGCAUA